CAUUGGGCUUGGUCUGAUAAACGUGGUCUUGAAAGGGAAAAAUGCAUCUAUGGCCAUCAACGAGAAUCCGGGAGUCGUUCAAGCUACAGUACCUGAAGAAUUUAGAAUGGAACCUCAAUCGCAUGAACAGCCAAAAGAAUAUUGAUCAACAACAACAGAAAUCUCCCAGCAAUUUUUCUAACCAACAAAGGCUCUUGGAAGAAGAAGAUACAGCUGGCACCAAUUCAACAGAUCAUGAAGUUUCUCAACUGUCAAAGUCAACGGGUCGCUAUGCUCUUUACUUUUUUCGAGAUCUCUUUAUGAUUUUAUCUUGCUGCUACUGUUGCUUCUGCUGCGGAGCCUGUGUCGAUGAAGAAGGUUAAGAAGAGACAGGGAAGCUCGGACCCGGUGGUUAUGGUAAGACAUCUUUUAAUCCACUUAUUUAUAAUAUUCCAGCUUGCUAUAACUACUAUAUUCAAAACCAAUUAAGACCCAUACAUAUUGGAACAUCUUUCAUGUAAAUGAAGUUCAUAGGUAUCCAAAAUCAUGUUCGCUUGUUUUAUUUUACUCAUUUGAAUCACGA